UCGAUGCGUAUUAACUGUCUCGCCUCUUGUAUCUCAUAUAUAUUGCUUGUUGAUGCUAUUCGCUCUUCGUGAAUCCAUUGCGAACGUCAAAAUCAGUCUUGUUCAACGAUUUAUGUUCGACUGUAGCGUUCCGCUCAACGUGUGUCGCGACAACACCGAACGAAAGAUCAGCAAGGAUCGACUCAUUCACGGACAGUCGGACGUUGUCAUUUUAAAACGGAAGCCAUCUUGUGGCCGAGCCUCCCAUAUUAUACGGGAAUAAUAGUCCUCUGACUAUUUGUUCCAAUUGAUUUCUCCGCAUCUUUUCUAACACGUCUGGACUAUGCAUGAACCAUUUUAUCACGUGUUCACAUAGCCAUGGCUGCGACGAGAAAGUUGCAAGGUGAAAUAGAUCGGUGCCUUAAAAAAGUAACGGAGGGUGUGGAAACCUUUGAAGAUAUUUGGCAGAAAGUUCAUAAUGCCACCAACAGCAAUCAGAAGGAAAAGUACGAGGCAGACCUUAAAAAGGAAAUCAAGAAACUUCAAAGGUUACGCGAUCAGAUCAAGAGCUGGAUCGCGUCGGGUGAGAUCAAGGAUAAGAGCACGCUUCUCGAGUACAGGAAGUUAAUCGAAACUCAAAUGGAAAGAUUUAAAGUUGUGGAAAGAGAAACAAAAACAAAGGCUUAUUCCAAGGAAGGCUUGGGUGCGGCACAAAAGCUCGAUCCGGCACAGAAGGAAAGAGAAGAAGUCAGUAAUUGGCUGGCCAAUUCUAUAGAUGCUCUCAAUAUACAGCUGGACACGUUUGAAUCAGAGAUAGAGUCGUUAUUGGCAGGGAAGAAAAAAAGGUUAGACAAAGAUAAACAAGAUAGGAUGGACGAGUUGAAGACGAAACUCGAUAAACACCGCUAUCAUAUCCGUAAAUUGGAAACAUUGUUACGUAUGCUCGACAAUAUGUCCGUCGAGGUCAACACGAUUAAGAGGAUAAAAGAGGACGUUGAAUAUUAUAUUGAAUCUUCUCAAGAUCCUGACUUUGAGGAAAACGAAUAUAUAUACGACGAUAUUAUCGGCCUUGACGAAGUUGAGUUAUCCGGAGUUGGUAUCCCUUCGUCAGCAACAACAGACAGUAACAAUAGCAACGAAACCGGCGGCACACCGACUUCGACUAAUUCCUGCACAUCGCCGUCCGCCAUACCAUCGCCACCACUGAGUUCUACUUUGCAUAAUCACUCGAGCGACAGUUCUACGGAGAAUGAUAAGAAAACAAAGCCUGUAAAACCAACAGCAGUCAGGCCGUUACUGAAUACGCAAGCGAGCAUUCCAACAACGGGAAGCACUGCCACCAUCAAAUCGAAUAUGUUAUCGAGCAGCACUCCGAGUAAAACCAUUCCCAUGACACCUAGCCAUAGCUCGCCUAGUUCUACGAGCAAUCACAUCGCCACUACAAACGUCGGCAAUUUCGCCACCGUAGCUGCCUCGCACAGUAAUUCGCAAGCCAUUCAUUCUACCUCUAAUAAAACAUCCAGUCACAACAGCGAAAAUGGCAUUUUGUCGUCGUCGUCGUCGUCAUCUACAUCCAACGUUACGACCAAUGUGCCACUGACGGUCGCGCAGCAGCACAGUAAUAAUCCGCCACCGCCACCGCCGCCGACACAGACGACGCAUGUACUGCAUAGCCAGCAGAGUCAGAAUCAUAAUAGCGAAACGGAGAUCGUUACGCCGGUACCACCAUCCUCGUCGCCGCAGUCGUCCGUUAGCAGUAGAUCCUCACCGCUACCUGUGAAUUCCUGCUCGCCAGCACCGUCCACUGCCAAUGGUCUCAUCCCUAAGCUACCCGACAGCAUGUCCUCUCUAAAAUCCAUCGCCCAACAAGUCAUUGUCCGAGCAGGUCUUGAGAUACCUCCAUCCGAGUCGAGUCGAAACAUCUUCGAUAGUGCCAAGACGAACAGUAAUAACAAUAACAAUGCAACGUCGGAAGCACACAUUCCUCCUUUGCUCGGGGUUGCACCCCUCGGACCUGUACCUUUGCAAAAGGAACACCAGUUGCAGUUUCAGAUGAUGGAAGCCGCCUAUUAUCAUAUGCCGCAUCCAUCCGACUCUGAAAGAUUACGUUCGUAUUUGCCGAGAAAUACGUGCACGACACCACCUUAUUACCAGCAGGUUCAGCUUCCCCAUUCGGAUACCGUGGAAUUCUUCCAGCGUCUUUCCACGGAAACCUUAUUCUUCAUAUUUUAUUACAUGGAAGGCUCCAAGGGGCAAUAUUUGGCAGCGAAAGCUCUGAAGAAACAGAGUUGGAGGUUUCAUACCAAGUACAUGAUGUGGUUCCAGAGGCACGAGGAGCCGAAAGUUAUCAACGAAGAAUACGAGCAGGGGACGUACAUCUAUUUUGAUUAUGAAAAAUGGGGACAGAGAAAGAAAGAAGGCUUCACUUUUGAGUAUAAGUACUUAGAAGACAGAGACCUGAAUUAACAGUUCCGUCGCUCAUUUUAUCUCCGAGAUACGUCGUUCCUGUACCGAUAUUGUGUACCCGAGGGAGAAAUUUCGCGGAGAAUAUGUUUCUGUUCGUCGGUAAUGGGAUAUGUAAGAAAGAAAAAUUAAAUCGAGGAACAAAAACACUCGUGCAUACAAGGCAAUGAAGGCAUUUCAUUACAUUUUGACACCGCGACGAUAUAAAAUCUCUUAUAAUUGAUCUUUUCCCCGAGAGUAAACUGCAAGAUAGAUUACAGCAAAAGAGAACGAAGAAAAACAGACUAACAGCGAGACAAAGAGGUAGAUCAGUCCGACAUAAGUUAAAUACUGAUUUAUUGUAAAUGAUUACUAUACACACACACACACACGCAUGUAUGUGUGUGUGUGUAUGUGUGUGUGUGUGUGUGUAUGUAUAUGUAUAUACAUACGCGCGCACGCUCGUAAAAACAAGACAAGUGAAAAAAAAUGAAAGGUAAAAGGAACAUUUGCAGUUAUUCGGUGUGCUGUAUGUGAUAUCGAGGGGUGGAUAGGAGAGAAGGGAAGUAAUUGCACUAGUUGGCGACUGAUUCUGUAAUACCAGUACAAACAUGCGUGCGACCCAUCCGCCGUCUGCUAAGGUGGAGGGCGCUCAUGCUAUGGUAUGUCUUAAUGUUAGAUUAUAAGUAGCCUUUUUGUAUAAAGUGUAUCGAGGUAUAAAACUUAAAUUGAAUUACUGUACAGAAUGUGUAGAAAUAGUGAAUAAUAAUACUAUGGAAUAUA